AUGCUGGGCGUCUCGCAGGAGCUCCGGCGGCCGCGCGGGCCGCUGGUGGAGCUGCUGACGUGCGCGCUGUGCAAGGGGCUGCUCGUGGAGCCGACGAUGUCGGUGGAGUGCAUGCACACGUGCUGCUUCAAGUGCUUCGACGAGGCCAUCUACGCCCAGAAGGCCGCGGAGAAGGUGUGCCCCAUAGAGGGCUGCGCGGUGCAUCUUGGGCGGGACCCUCAUAACUACGAAGGGAAGCAGAAGCCGUGCGCGAAGCUCGCGUUCGACCACAUGAAGUGGGACCUCAUCAAGAAGCUGUUCCCCAGACCGGCGAUCGAGCGGGAGUGCGAGGCGCAGCGGGACGCGCGUGUGAAGGAGCUGCGGGAGUUUCGCCAGGCGCGCGAAAAGCUGCGCAUGGCGCACGGGGAUGAGGACGAGUACUACGGGCGGGCGAAGCGCAUGGAGAAGGCCGCGCAGAUCGUCAUCAGCAACCAGGCGACGCGCACGCUGUCGAAGGCGCGAUCCAACGAAGUGCUGUUCGUGGUGCUGCGACCAGACGACGCCGCGGUGCAAACGAGCGCGCUCCCCGCGCUCGAGAACCCCUACCUCAAGGUCCCCGCGCACGUGCCGAUCAAGGUGCUGACGGACUACCUGCAGACGCACGUGGUGACGGUGCAGCCGAAGGCGAACGAGCGCGGGUCCGCGGCCGUCGCGAACCAGCGCAUGCAGAAAACAGCCCCGCCUGACAAGGUGGUGUUGUCGAUGGCGGGGGAGGACCUGGAGCCGAAGGCGACGGUGUCGUGGGCGUACGAGACGCUGUGGAAGGCGCGGCACCCGGCGAACAGCAUCCUGACGCUGGCGUACCGCCGGGCGGAGAAGGGACACGGAGCGCGCAAGCGAUGA